AUGCAGAAAUCACCGUCUUCGUCGUCUUCAUCAACAUCAUCAAACAAGAUGAUCACGCUGUGUGGAAUCAUGGUAUAUCUUAUUCUUCUUAACAUCGCAAUCAUACUGCAUGAUUUCUACUCGACCUUUCAUUUCAUUGUCAGCAUACUCAAAUCUUUCCUGGGAAUCAUUUCUUGCACCCUCGUUUCUUCGUCUGCAACAACAUCCGAGAAAAUUUGCAUAAACUUCGAGAGAACUCCUAGUGCAGCCGCCGAUGAUCGAAACCCGUUGUUUUCGGAACUGAAAAAGGUGAUCGAGAAGGAGGGGAUGGCCGAUAUCGGCGGACUGUUCGAGGAAGAAGAACCGAGUUUAAUGGAAGUGAAAGAGGCUUUCGACGUGUUCGAUGAAAACAAGGAUGGGUUCAUCGAUGCAGAUGAGUUGAGGAAUGCUUUGUUUUCGUUAGGGUUCAUUAAGGAAGCUCAAGGGGAUGACUGUGAAAGGAUGAUCCAAGGGUUUGAUGAUAAUUUGGAUGGACGUAUUGAUUUUAAUGAAUUUGUAAAAGUUUUGGAGAGAAGCUUCUGUUCAUGA